UAGCAGCUUCUUCCUCUUUCGAUCAUCCGACAGUCUUCGACAUCUUGUCGCCACCUCCUGUCGAUCGCUCCUUUCCUGAUUAACAAAAGAACCAGCUUCGUUCUCUUAUUAACCUCCGCCGACCCCUGUCUCCUUUCAAUCCCUGCUCUAGUGAAGCUCCGAACAUCCGCCUCCAAUGGCGUGUGUUCAAUACUCUGUCAUUCUGCUCACUCAGUUCCUCGUGAAGAUCCCGAAUCAAAUCUCAGAGAUGCGUUCAACACUGUUUUCUUCAGUCAAGUCUCGGGAAAACAAUAUAAUCCUCAAACCAUAUCUGUAGACAACCCACAAUUGAUCCAAUGUCCAGAGAACCUCUCAGCCAAGGUAUCUUCCAGUGAGCAAGCUCCAAGCUUUCUGACAAUUCGGCAGCUUCCGGUGUCCAGUUACAGCCACAGAAUCGAUGAGCUUCUCCCUCUGUUCACACACUUCAAGGUAACAACUUUCCAAAACAGACUUCCUUACUUGAUUCUGUUCUUUCUGAUCGAUGAUAUCGAUCUGACGAUUUCAAUCUUCUGUCCUCAUCUGCCAGGUUCUCAAACGUCAACAAAACAGAACCUGCAAGGACAACAAUUCUUCUUAGGCGAUCUUUAGAAGCUCCAGGCAUUCCCGGAACUUAUUUCCUGGUAACAACUCAAAGACUUCAAAACACGGAACCGCACAAACUGGAACUCCCAACUCCUAGCAACAGAUAAGUGAUAACUCGCCUUGUAGACUUUCUAUCUGCUCAAACCAACGCUCUGAUACCAAUUGUUGGGUUUUUACAAACCCAUGUCCAACUCUCUAUUGUCCGAUUAGUACGAUAUUGUCCACUUUGGACCCGAAGGCAAGGCCCGCAUGGAUUUGUUUCUGGGACUCCUUCCCAAAAGGCCUCGUACUAAUCAGAGUUGGACAUCCUUUUAUAUACUAGACAUUAUUUGUCUAAACUUCCAAUGUGGGACUUUGUUUGCAUUCUCAACAGAGACAGCAAUUAUUCUCUAUUCAUACUAGAAAAAUGUAAGGGAAAAUAAUAAAAUAUUUUUUGGGUCUAAAAGGUACACACCAAUAUAUAGUUGAGAGAAUAAAAUAUAUAAAAUAGCACGUUAAUAUAAAAUAUCACGUUAACAAAACAACGAUAAUAUUAGAACUUACAAUAGCCAAACAGUAUUUGAUUAGUCGUGUACUGUAGUACUGUAAAUUUCUCGACUAUUUGAUUUAGGGGUUAGUGAGUGAUUUUUCCUAACUAUUGGCGUUAGAUUUAUAUAUAACAUGAGACUAUAACCUAUUCUGUAGGGCCAGUAUUGGCCAGAUCUUGAAUAAAAAUACAAUAAUGUUCUUUAAAAUAUUUGGUUGGAGUUUAGGUGAAACUAAAACCGGUAUAACAUUUGAUUAAAAAGGAAGAAAUUAAUUUAAGACAUAAAUUAAAACGACUAGAUAUGUUAUAGUAAUAGACUGAAAACGAUACCUCUAGUGGAAUACAAGAAGAUCAGACCAUUAUUUUCAUUUGAGCACCACAUUCUCUCUUUCUACGUUUGUAUAUAAACACGCAACCAGUACCUUGAUCAAACAAAACACCAACUCAUCUUCUCUAACAAGAAUCAUCAAACACACAAAGAAAAGACAUAAACACAGAGAAUUAAGAAGAAAAAUGACAAAAGUUCACCCGAAGUUCCCAAACACUUACGAGGAAAGCUUGUGUGAUAGUAAAGCAGCCGUAGUAUUAACGGUGUGGAAGAAGUCUCUUCUCUUCAACUGCGAUGGAUUCACAGUUUACAACUCCGAUGGACAUCUUGUCUUUAGGGUUGACAACUACAUGAAUUCUCCUAGAGACAACAUCGUCCUUAUGGACGCUUCCGGCUUACCUCUCCUCUCCAUCCGCCGCAAGAAGUUGAGCCUAGGAGAUUGUUGGGCGGUAUACGAUGGAGAAACGCAAAGAGAUCCAUUAUUUACGGCAAAGAAAAACGUUAGCAUAUUAACAAACAAGAAGAGCUUGGCGUGGGUUAGCUCCAAGAAGACAGUACUAUACGAGAUUGAAGGAUCAUAUGGUCAGAGAAGCUGCAAAAUAGUGGACGUGAAGAGGGACAAGAAGAAAACGGCAGAGAUCAAGAAGAAAGAUGCAAUGGUUGGAGGAGGUUCCUUUGGCAAAGAUGUGUUCAAACUUAUAGUUGAAGCGGAGAUGGAGCCUCGUGUGGCCAUGGCAUUGACCAUCAUUCUCGACCAAAUGUCAAGAUCUUAUUGAUUUUUCAAGCUUUUGUAAGUAUAUAUUAGUGUUCCUUUUUGGUAUGUAAUAUAUGCAUGUGUGUUCUUAUAUGUUACACAUGAAUAGAAACAACUUUUGUUUUCAGUU